AUGCCGGCCACUUCAAUCGUCAGCUCAGGUUCGGACAGGCUAGAUGCUUGGACCCGCCGAUCACAGCCUAAAAUCGAGAUCAAUCUCGCGGGACAAAAGCCAGGUCAUGUCAACUCCUAUACGACUGGAGAGAGCAUUGAAGGCACUAUUACUGUCACUGCCGAACAUGACACCAGAUUCGAAGAACUCGAAAUUGUGUUUGAAGGUACCUUCCCAUCAACAGUCGGUUUAACCGAAUUAGAUACUGAUUGGAGUCAAGGGUCAUCACGAACGACGGUGGAACGCGCUGCAUGCCCUGGCCGCACCGGAUCGCAGCAGAUGUUCCUCAAGUUGCGCCAGCCCAUUGACGACAUGGAAUACCCGACUCCUCGGGUGCUAGAAAGCGGCCGUAAAUACAUGUUUCCCUUCACAUUUGUUGUUCCGGACCGCCUGUUACCCCAGGUCUGCACUCACGCCAAGAAGAAUGCUCACGUUGAACAAUCUCACACUUUGCUGCCUCCGACAUUGGGCGAUCCCAUUCUUGCAAGCGAUGGCAAGAAACUGCUGGACGACAUGGCGCCCAACAUGUCACGGAUUGGCUACAUCGUUCGCGCAUCCGUUCUGCAAAAGCAGAUAACCGGCAAUGCCGUUGUAUCUAUUUGCGCCGUUGCCAAGAAGGUCCGCAUCAUCCCAAUCGUCGAAGAAGAGCCCCUAUUGAGAUAUCCGCGGAGUGUCAAGCGCGGGACCUUGCGAGGCAAGCUGGGUCGAAUUGUCGCUUCGUCAUUGCAGCCGAAACCAGUUCAAUUGCUCCCCCCAAACGGCAUAGCGAAUGAUACUGUGAGCACUGUAGCUACUGUCAACCUUCGCUUCGAUCCUAUUGGAGAUGAGCAGCCGCCCCCGCUUGGGAAAAUGACCUGCGAACUGCGCGCCAGCACAUUCUUCAGCGCCUCCCCAUGGGACGACUUCCCUGCCUCGAGCGACAUGCCCUUCGCCCAUGUUGGACGCAGCCUCUACACAGAAAAUGUGCCUCUCUUGACCAUGUGCGUGGGAUCUGCUCAGUGGACCAAGCAAUCCUCAUCCAACGACUGUCUGCGCCGCGGCUCUACCCAGUCAUCCUCGUCUGAUGUAUCAGUCGAGCCGUCCUCUGCAUUCUCCGGCGACACCUACUACACCGCAUCGAUUGUAGUUCCAGUCACCCUUCCCAAGUCGAAGGCGUUCGUCCCAACCUUCCACUCUUGCUUGAUGUCCCGCACCUACUCCCUCGGCCUCUCCCUGACAUAUCACACACCCGCAGCCAACCUCAUGACACCAACCAUCUCCCUUCGCGUCCCCGUACAGUUCACGAGCCAGGCGGGACCCACAGAGAGUUUGAAGGCUUCCCUUGGCGUCACCGUGACGCAGGAAGAACUAAACGAGUUCUUCCAGCCAAGGAACGUGUCUCGCCCAAACGGGGUUCCUAAUCCCGUUACCAACGUGGUUUUCACGGACAUCGCACCACCCAUGUACUCGGAAAGGCCAAGAGUGCCUAUCACGCGCACUGUCCGUGCCAGCCACUAA